AGCUUUGGUGUUCUCGUACACUCUCGUAGUCGUUGCCUCGAAGUGAGCGAAGAGAGAGAGGAUUAUUAUCGUGCUCGUUGUUCUCUCGUGUGUGCUCUUGCUCUGCGUUCCCCCAGAUACUGCCUGGGCUAUAUGUAGUUCGUAACUCCGUAGUGACGAUUAAUAAUCGCUUCAGUACAGACGUAGUCGUAGACGUUAACGCGUUUCGUGUUGUUUUGUUGCUCAUGUGUUUAUUUUUAAGUUACCGUGAUACAUACAAUUUAUAUACACAUAUAUAUACGUCCAUAUUAACCGUGUGUUUUACUUCUUGUUUCAAUAAUAGUUUAAACAAUAAUGUUUUUAAAUUUUUGAUUAUGCGUACCGACGCGACGCCUGUGUACUAUACCUGUGUUUUUAAUUCUCGUAACCGCGAGUGCCGAGUGUAAAAUAAAACAACAGGAAUCGUGAUCCCGAUAUGUGUCCCUGAAUGCUCGUAGAGGAGCUACAACGCUCUGGAGUUAUUGUGAAUAUACCAGGUACCAACUUGUAUGAGAUUGUGGAGUCAUGGCAGACGAUCGUAACAUAACCCAGGGGGUUAUUACCCCAAAGCACUCGAUCGGCCAUACAUCACCACCACCACCUGCACCAUCUUCUGGUCAUCUACAGCAGCAACAACAGCAGCAGCAACAACAACAGCAAGAUAAUUCACCACCACGCGGACCACGUACACUCUUACUACGACGCAGCGAAAAUGGAUUUGGAUUUACCCUUCGUCACUUUAUCGUCUAUCCGCCCGAGUCCUGCUGUAUGCUGCCAGGACACGAGCGGACAAAAAUCGAAGAGCCAAUGGACACAAUUUUCGUAAAACAAGUACGAGCAAAUUCACCAGCAGCAGAAGCAGGCCUUCGGACUGGAGAUCGUGUCGUAUCAGUGGACGGUGUGCCAACUCGUGGCGAGCAGUACGCAAGUGUCGUUCAGCGAAUCCAGCAAGCAGAACCUUGGCUCAGACUAUUAGUUGUUUCUAAAGAAGACGAUAUAUUACAAAGGUAUUUCGGUGAUACUGCGCACAAUCCAGAGACAAAUCAACGACCGGCACGACUACGUUCUCCUGACAAAAUAUUACAAAAACAACGUAGGUCGAUGAGUAUGAUUCCCGGGCCGUCAUCAAGAACAAGACAAUCUUGGAUUUGCCAAACACUUCCUAGCUCAGAAAAUCAAGGUACUGCAGGUUCUUCGUAUCGAUUACGCGAGGAUACAUUUAAAGAUCAAUCGGCAAAUAAAAUGACGACGUCAGUACCAAAUAUUCAAAGACGGCCAUUGACAGAAGCACGUAAUCAUGAAAGUAUUUAUGGUCGUACUGACGAUCGUAGUCAAAGAAGAUCAUUACCACAGCAGCAAGAUAUUAUUGAUCCUAUGGGACAGGUUUAUCGAUCACCACCUGACGCAAGAUUCGAUUUAUACGAUCGUACACGUUCUGAGUCGAUAUACUCACGACCAAGUAGCGAGCAAAUCUACGACAGGAUCAAGGAUCCAAUUUACGAGCGAGUUAGACCAGAUUUAAAUACAUUUAGUAAGUCGCUGGAUCAUCAGUAUCCUAUGUCUCGGGCUGAACCACAAGUACCAAUUUACCGGCCUGGAAGACGCGUUGUUACAAGACGCGCAAGUGAAGGUAGUGGUCCAAUAAAUGAUUCUGAAGGAAGUGGGGGAGUAGGAGGAGGAGGAGGACAGAUGGCUUAUAGUAAUAACGAUGGAUUUAAAUCUGGUGAUCCAGGAUCAAGAUUAAGUGUGGAAUCAAGGCAAGAUUCGUCACCGGUUAGUAAAGAUAGCAGUAUAUCUUCUUCUUACGAUUCAACUUCAACACUGACGGGUAAUGAAUGUUCAGACGAUUCUAUAAUGACGAGACUGAGAAAGAGUUUUGAACAAAAGGAAGAAUUUUUACGGCGUCCAAGUCAUCCUAUUGGUUGGUUAUUGCCUGAUGAAAUGACGAGGAUAAACCAGUGUCAGGGUGUAAUUCAACGUGAGUUUUAUGCGCGACCUCAAAAACUCCAGAGACAGGUUUGGCCACCAAAUGAACAACAAAGUCAACAACAAGUUAUUGAUACCGCGCAUCAUCAAACCCUUAAUAGAAAUAAUACUUUGGAAAGAAUUAAAAACAAUAAACCGAGUAAUCAGAAUUUACAGAGAGUGCGUAAUGAUAUAGUUGAAGUUGGUAGUGACGUUACCAAUUCUAAUGACGUAAAGAAUGGUGAACGUGAAGGUGCACAAGCAAUACGUGAUAAAUUUUAUUCAUCUUUGUAUGAUACUAACAAUCAGUAUGGUAAAGAAAAUAAUUUUAAUAAUUAUCCGACUAGUAAGACUGUAGUUAAUAAUGAAUCACCAAGUCGCAAUACUCCGAACUCAUCACCGAGAAAUACAAGCAAUAAUAAAAAUACAUUUAUUACGACCUUAUCAAGGAUACAUGAAAAUGUUACAAGUUUAGCUCAACAACAACAGCAACAUCAACAACAUCAACAACAGCUGCAACAACAACAACAACAACAACAACAGCAACAACAGCAGCAGCAACAAAGCUGUCAUGAACUUCGUAAUGGCACUUCAUCGCUUCCUUCAUCACCUGGACCUGACAAAAAAACGCCAGAUAAAUUUCCAGUACCGCCUCAAGGACUUCAAAUUGUUUCACGUCGAGCUAAACAAUUUGAAUCCGGUAGACUACUAAGUGACGAUGACGAGCCAACUAGUGAUCGUACGAAUUUAUACAAAAGUGAGUUGUCAAGAUUAUCAAAUAAACGAAGUGUACCAAAUGUUGCCGUACGAAAACGUGAAUUUGAAUCAAAAGCUGAAUCACAUGAAACUAGAAGAAUUACUGCUAAUCGUGAAAGUAAAUCAUUAGAUUCCGGCAAAGGGUUAUCGGGAAAUCGAAUAAUUCCGAUAGGCAGCAAAUACAUCCAUUGCGAACCACCUUCGGGUUACAGAGAUGAUAAAGAAACACCGGCGAUGGAUAUGGAACCGGUUCGGUUGCGAGCACGAAGUAAUAGCGCUGAAUCUUGGGAAGCUGUGAACGGAGGAACGACCCGACGAGGCGUCAGACAUACCUGGCAGACAGAACCCGAGGAUCCGGAGGGUGAAACACGAAACAGCAAGGCUAAGAGACAAGACAGCUAUCUUCAGGCUGUUAGAAACCACCUCGACCGAGAAUCUCACGUGAUCCAGCAGCGUGAAAGAACAGCCGAGGAAUCAAAAAUCAUGGAACCGAAUUCAGUAUUCCCAUCAGCAUUAUCAGAGGUCAUUUCAAGAACUACAACUCCAAGCAGCAUGCCGACCGUAACCAUUAGUCCUCCCCAGCCAGUCCGUCCAAAUCAACUUCCUAUCCCAAACCCUCUGCGUCCUUUAGAUAGUCGAGAGAGCUCAUUCAAUCACCAGCAUUUAUCAUCUGAUCAGCAGAAUGUGGACGACCAAGAGUCCACUGGCACGACCCUAGCUCCGGGCUCUAAUGCAACAUCCAAUGAUGUGGUUCUAAGGCGACAGAAAAAUAGUCAACUCAGCGAUGAAGAACGGGCAACAAGACGCGUUUCUUAUCUCAAAGCUACGUGGGGUGAACGAAUGCAUGUGGACAGUGAUCUAGAAUUGAGUGAUACUGAGUCGGUAGUUCAAGCAAUACGCAGUAACAGCAUCGCAAAUACACAUAGUAGUACCGCAUGCAGCGCCGGGACGCCGAAGGACGUCGAACCGGUCGAGCGAGAAGGAUCCCUUCACGUCAAGUUUACUGUACUUGAUGGCAAGAGAUCUACAGACCGUUCGUGGAAGCAAGUAUGGGGCGUUCUUCGUGGUCCUAUCCUAUACUUUUACAAGGACCGUCACACUCAGAGUCCAUCUGCAACGAGUGAUAGUGACGUAGGACAACAUGUCGACGUGAGAUGUUCUUUAGUUGACGUAGCUGAUGAUUACACCAAGAGGAAACAUGUAUUUCGUGUGGCUAAUACAAGUGCGGAAGUGCUUUUACAAACGGACGACGCAGCAUCGAUGGCACUUUGGCUGAGAGCACUUCAUAAACAUGCUGCUGCUGAAAAGCCUUCGGAUGGUAAUUCAAGUACAACGAAGCAACAAGCUGUGCCACAAACACCUGGACCAACAACACCAAGUAGCGGUAGUCCAGCUGGAGGACAACGUCUAAGUCCAUUGCCAGGUCAUAAAGGCAUUAGAAAAUUGACCUCUUUCCGUAACCGUUCGCCAACUGGUCAAUCACCUGUUAAUAAAACCCGGAAGCCAAGUCAGACAGUAGAACCACUGCAGUCACCAAAAUCUAAAACGUGGAAAGGUCGUGUUGCUAAACAACUCAGAAAGAUGCACGGCCAGGCUGGUUCACCAUCGUCUCCAACAGCCCAAUUACAGCCUGAGGGUGCUACUUUCAAAGUUCCCUUGGAAUUGUGCCCAGUGUCUUCAUUCUCGGAGUUUGUACCGCUGAUUGUUGAAAUGUGCACCAGUAUCGUUGAAGCGAGGGGUCUUGAAGUUAUUGGAAUUUAUCGAGUGCCUGGAAAUACUGCGGCUAUUUCUCAACUUACCGAAAGCGUCAAUAAAGGCUUUGAAAAUAUUAAUUUACAGGAUCCACGGUGGAGUGAUGUAAAUGUUAUAUCAUCUUUAUUGAAGUCAUUCUUCAGACAACUUCCUGACUCAUUAUUAACAGCCGAGCUUUAUCCAAUGUUUAUUGACGCAGAUAAAAUAGAAGAUCCCCAAAGAAGAAUGGCAACAAUAAGAAAAUUAUUAAGAGAUUUGCCAGAACAUCAUUUUGAAACACUUAAAUAUUUAAUGUUCCAUUUGAAAAAAGUUGUUGAACACAGUGAAGUUAAUAAAAUGGAAGCUAAAAAUUUGGCUAUUGUAUUUGGACCAACUCUGGUACGAGCUAGUGGUUCAAGGGAUAAUAUGGUUACUAUGGUUACGGACAUGUCGCAUCAGUGUAGGAUUGUCGAGAGCUUAUUGAACAAUGUCGAUUGGUUCUUCUGUGAAGAAGACUUAGACGACUUGAGUAGAUUAAGCGUUAACCUGAGUCUUCCUGCCGACGGCAGUGAAGUUGAAACAUCAAAUACCAAUCACAACCUUCUACUAAAUAAUAUUCAAAAAGUUGAAGGCAUGCGUGAAAUGGUCUCAGCUAAGGACAUUGUAUCUUCAAUCAUAUCCGCAGCAAACAGAAAGAUACAAAGGCGAAGGAAAGGUCAAGAGGAACAAGAGAGUGAAGAUCACGAAGAUGAAAAGACUAAAGGAAAACAAGACGAAUCAUUGGGAGUUAUUCGACAAAGUAUGGCAUUGAAUGAACGACAAUGCUCAGUAAGUGAAAUGGUACUGAUGCAUGAGAAUAAAAAUCAACCAAACCAUACAAAUGAAAAUAUAGAUCGUAACACAGUGAUCAGUAGUGAAAACACAAGUCCAUUAAAUAGUUCAUCAAUAUCAAGUAGAUCAAUGUAUCCUGGUAAUCCAGUAAACCAACAACAAGAACAACAACAUCAGCAACAGCAACAGCAGCAACAACAAUCGCAACAACUUUCCACAACUUCACUUAGUUUAGAUUCUUCACAAUUGUCUAGUGACGUUGGUUCUGGUAGUUUGGAUACUGUUUCGACAAUUUCAAAUCUAUCAAACGAAACGAAACAGAGUAACGACGAAGUGGCAAUACGUACAUAUGCCGGAUUAAGUGCGACAACACAAGAGCGGAUACGGAGAUUUGAGCAAGAAACAAAAGCAAUGUUGCAACGUGACCAGCAUCGGCAGAGACGUGAAGCUGAGAAACGUGAAGAAGAACGACGGAGAAUUGAGAUGGAAUGGCAACUUGCCAAGAGAGAGAUGGAGAAUGAUGAUAUCCUUGAUGGGAUCAUAGACACAACAGUUGGGACCCCUUAUCUUACUGAUCGAAUGUCGAAUUUAAACGACAGGCUUGCUGAGAGAUCCAGUGUUGAUAGCAAUGGUACUGAUAGUCACAGGUCGAAAUCUACCACGAGAUUGACCCCAUUAUCUAUAGCUGUACAGCAGCAACCUACUGCACGACAGAAAGCACAAGCUACCAAUCAAUUGACUAAUAUUAUAGGCGAUAAAAUCAAUAAUGGUAUUAUUAAAAAAUUCAAGACAGAUAAAGAGUCAUCAAUGGAGUCAUUGGCACCAACUCGUUACGGCAGUUUAGAUUCUCUCCAUGAAGUCCACACAUCACCAUCACCAUCACAUCAAACUCGCGGCAUAUCCGGCGACAUUUCAGACGAUGGGAGCGAUCUCUUGACCAGUCUUACGUCGACAUUCGAUCGAAAAUGGAAAUCUCUUGUGAAUCCAUCGAAUCUACUCGUAACAUCUGCUGAAAGUAAUAGUAGUGGUACUAUUGGUUAUAAUAAACAAACAAAUUAUAAUGAUAAUGAUCGUAAUCAGUCAACAAGAUCACCUGAAGUUUAUCGUGACCCAAGUCUUCAUAAAUCUCUUAUUGAUAAAAGCAAUUUGGUUCGCACGAAGACCGACACACUGGAGAAAGAAAAAAACUUGACGGUCGCAGAGAUCUCAGAAAAAUCUAAAGAGGAAUUAAUUAGGCCUGAUAAUGAUCGCAAUCUUAAUAAAAAAAUAUCCGAAAUAAAUACAGCAGCCACAGAUUCAUCGGACGGUGGGUCACUAUUGGAUGCAACUGAAAAAGAUGAAAAACCAUCAAAGGUAACUGUAAAAUCAAAGCGUUUGGAGUCGUUGAAUAAAACACAAGAUAAUGAAUUACCAUCGAUAUCACAGCACAAUGAUGAAGCUAAAUCUAAUACUACAAAUGAUUGCAAUAAUUUUCAAUCAGAUGAUAAAACAAUAGUGGAUUCAUCUUACUCGAAUAAAUUAGAAAAAUUUGAGAGUCUUAGCAGCCAGGCAAGUGAGUCACGAUCACGAUUAAAACGAUCAGAAUCAUUAAACAAACGUACGGAAAUAUCGUGUUCAAAAUUAAAACGUUCUGAAAGUUUGAAUAAACAUUCAGAUAGACUUGCAUCACCAACAAAUGGUAAAUUAAAACGUUCUGAGAGUUUAAAUAAACAUGCCGAGAGAUCAGAAUCACCUAAUAUGAAGUUGAAACGAUCUGAAUCGUUGACUAAAACGGAAAAAACUGAAUGUAAUAUCAGUAAAAGACGUCAAUCUGUUAGAAAAGAAAGUGCUACUAAGUUGAAAAGAAAAAAUGGUAUGCCUGAAAGAUCAAUAAAGAGACGGCACACUGUCGGCGGGACUAAAGAUUUUGAUAAAGUUCAUUGGCUUGACAAUAAAUUACAAUCAGAGACAGAGCGUAUUAUUAAAAAUGACAACAAACCGAAAAAAAGUCAAUUGAGAACUAGUUCACCGGAUUUAAGUAGUAAUCGUGUUAAUGUUGCUGAUACAAGCUUUCUUAUUGAAGUAAGCUUUCGUGGACCAAGUAAUGUUGUUUUUAAUGUCACCAACACACGGCCACAGUCGUUACCCGACGCAAAUUUAGCUUCGAAAGUUUUUAAAGUACCUCUUGAAAGUCACGUUUAAUCGAUUUUAUAUUCAAUUUAUGUACAUUUACAUUAUAUUGAUAUUCAAACUCAAUUUAACUUUACUAAUUAUCAUAAUUAUCUCUAAAACAAAUUCAGAGCAAAAUCAUAAUUAUUUUUUUUUAAUCAAUUUUUUAAAUAAAUUUUUUUAAUUGACGUUUUUAUUUUUAAAAACGGAAAUUUUUUUUUAAUAAAUUUUAUUCUUUACAAAAUAAUCGAUAAUAAGUUUUAUUUUUAUAUUUUAAAAAUUAUGACAAGAUUAUUUUUAUUUAAAAAAAUUGAAUUAUAAAAAAGUAUGAAUAAUUUUGUAAGUAUUUAAUUUUUAAAAUUUUAAUGAGCAUCUAAAGUGUUUGAAAAUUAUGAUAAUUUUUUUUUUUAAACCGUAAAAAAAAUUAUUACUAAUUAAAUAAUUAAAUAUAUUAGUAAUAUUGAAUCAUGUAGUUAGCAAACGACAAAAUUAAUUCAUAUCGCGCAUUUUAAAAUUACAUCUCACAAAAAAAAUGUCUAAGUAUUGAUAAAAUAAAUAAAUAAAAUAUAUAAUCUAUUUAUACACAAGACAAGUGAUGUGUCGAGUGACGUUUAUUAAUGUGAUUGUGAUUAAUGUCCCUAAUAAAGAUUGAUAAUGUUAAAUUAAAAGAGAAAAUAAUAAUAAUAAAUUAUUAUAUUAAUUAUUAAUAUUAAUAUUAAUAAUACACCAAACGUGGUAUUAUUGUCAAUAAAAACUCAUCAUACUUAUAAAUUGUGAUUGUGCAAUUUUUUUUUUUUGUAAAUAAAUAAAUUAACUGAUAAAUAUUGAAACGCCCAAUUAAUUUCGUCGUCAUACUUUCGAAAAAAUAUUUUAAUCAUAAAACGUAUUAGCGAUUUUGCUGCAUAAUUAAGUGAAUGCAGUAAUUAAUUAAUUAAUAAGUAAUAAAUAAAUAAUAAUUGUGUUAUUUUCUGGUAAUUUUAAUCGGUUAACUGUUAAACCACAAUUACAAUUAAUUAAAUCCAGAAGUUUUAUUAUUUUAAAUAUAAUAAUUAAUUGUACAUAUUUAUUACUAAUUAUUAUUAUUAUUAUUAUUAUUAUUAUUAUU